AUGUCUAGUUUCAAUAUUUUGCAAUUGGAAGAUCGGGCGCGUGAUGUGGACCCGGAUCUUCGAUAUAUGGCCUUGGAGGAUUUCCAAAAAGGUCUCAAUGAUCCAAAACUCCAAGUACGGGGCGCUGCCAGAUUCACGCCACUAUUGUUCAAUUUGCUUCACGAUAGCACCACCGAAGUGCAAAACCAAGCGGUGAAAUCGUUUGCGCCGUUGGUUCGUCAUGUGAACGACAACGAGAUCUUGCGGAUUGUGGAAGACUUGUACGCGGAGGUGGAAAAAGCUUCCAACACGUCAAAGUUCAGCACCUCUGUGCCCAAUUUGGCAUUGCGGUCUGUGUUCAACGACGCACAUAGUCGUUUCAGCAAAGCCUUGUCCAAACGAGUAGUCGACUUUCUCUUGCCGCAGAUCUUCGCUCUUCCAUUGUCUAUGACGAUUGACAAGAUUGAGCUUUUGAUUGACUUGAUCAAAUGUUUGGGCUUUGUUCUCACAGAAAAAGAAAUCCUGACUAUUGUCUUAUCGUUGGCAGAAAACGCCUUUAGCGAGCUGGGAAUCAUCAGCAAAAGAUCCAUUGUUGCCGUGGACUCGGCGCUAGACUAUAUCUCUCAAGCAACUUUGGACCAGUUGCACAAGCAGACACUGUUCUAUGACCAAGUGGUGCAAUCUAUAUGUGCCAAGCAUGACUCUAUUGCCGAUACCUCUGCAGCUGAUGGGAUUUUUUUCAGUUUGCUACAGGUUGUUUUGGCACAAGUGAAAAAGACAAAACGCAUCACAUUGUCUGAAGAAUCCGCCCUGUUGGUAUUUGCCAGGAUCAUAGCAAAGUUGAACUACCAGAACUUGCUGUCAGAGAUAGAUGUGGAAGACUUGGACAUUGAUGUGUUGAGUACGGAAAACCUGAUUCGGGAAGAUGCAUUGAUUACAUUGUCGAGCUUUUUGCCUUGCAUUCCGUACGAUUGGUUUUUCCACACGUAUUCCACCCCAAUCACGGAGAUUAUAAGUGCGUUUAUUUCGUAUGACCCUUUGGCGUACCAAGACGAAAGUGACAUGGAAGACUAUGGCGAUUCCGAAAUUGAAUUUUCCGACGACGAGAUUGAGCAGUUUGACGAGACUUCGGAUAGCGAUGGACUUGCCUCGAGGUUAAGAUUGCAGGCAAUCGUAUUAUUGGACACCUUACUUCAAACAUUCCCAAAAACUUUGCUGUUGAUAUACCAUGAAGAACUUUUUGCCAAAGCCAUCACUGCUAUCAGCGAUCGGAACGAGCCAGUAUCCAAUCAAGCUAUUGUUGCUGUUUUUGGGAUUAUUAACUCAACUUUUCAGUCGCAUGAAAGCCUCUUUAGAACAGGUUCGGAUGUCAGCAUGGUUACGGAGGGCAAAGCUGCUUCUAGAACUCCAGAAAGUCAACUUCAAGAAAAGUACUGCCCACAAUUAGAAAGCACCGCAUUUGAUGUCCUUCUCACACAAAAGAAUAUAUCGAGAUUUUCAAGUACUAAAAUGUUGUUGGAGAGUCUCAUUUCAAAUCUCACGUCCAGCCUCUCUGAACUGUUUUUAUCUCAGUUACUCGAUCGGAUACGUGAAUUCAACUUGUCUAUCAAAGUUUAUGCUGACAUAGUCAACUUGUAUCGGUGCAUUUUGACAUCUUAUGAUUUUGAUACUAUUCCAAGGGCAUUCGUUGACUACAUACUUCAAGAUGUGGUGCAUUCAUUGGAAGAUACAAGUAUUCAUCACAGCCUUGUGAUUGAUAUAUUGCAAGUGUGCACCAUUUUAUUCCGUAAAGCAUCGCACGAUAAAGAGUUUCAGGAUUUCAUGAACUCUACGUUUUUCAGUGCUUUAGCAGAGAAAAUUACCGUCAAACACUACUCGAGCGACGUGCGCCAACAUCUUUUAGGAGCCUUAUCAGAACUUAUUAUCAACAUUCCUUUGACUCAAGAGAAUGCAAAGUGGGCCAAUAACAUUUUCCAAGAAAGUUUAGAUUACGAAGUGACGGUGAAUUUCACAAUAGAGAAUUUGAUCAACGUAUGUGACAAGAAGCCACAACUCUUCAGUUCUCAAGAACUAUGCAACCUGAUUAUCAAAAAGCUUAAUAUGUACUUGGGAUCAAGUGACUCCAGCUUGUAUGCGGAUGUACUUUUGUUACUUGAUAAGCUAUUUGAGAAAACUCAAGCUGGCGAUGAAAGCGACAUGCGUUCCCUCACAUUAAACGUCAUGGAGCUUAUUCAAAAUUCUACUGACCAAAAUUUGAUUUCUCGUGCCUUCAAAAUCUUAGGGCAUACCUUGGAUGUUAUACCGGCGGAUCUAGAAUAUUUUGAGACUCUCAUUACCAAAAUUAUAAACGUGAAGUUGGUGGAUGUUGAUGAUUUCAAUUUGGAUACAUUUGAAUUUUUAAUUAAACAAAUUGCAGCUCAUAACACUUCAACACCUCCGGAACUUUUUGCCAUUGGUAUGAGAUUACUCACUUUGAAACUAUUUGUUUCUGCUAAGACCAUGGCAUUGAUUGCGUCAGAAUGCCAGCUUGUGUCUGAAAUUCAAAACAUUGAAAGUGAACUCGUUUCUUACUGCCAAAACAAUCCCGGAAAUAUCCAUUCGGACAAGAUAGUCUUCGAUAUCAAUUUUUUGGGAUGGGCUUCAUUUACCGAUAUGGUGACAGUAAGUUUCGACGACUUUUAUGCCAUUCUCACCACGGAUGCUUCUGAUGUGAUUUGCUUAGCAGCGGCAAGAUCCUUGGGUCUUUCAAUUGUCAGGGAUAUGAAAAAACACUUGCAAGCAAUGUUGAGCUGCUACCAGCAUUUCAGUGCUGAGAAUAACCCAAAGGCAAAGUUGCUUUUGGUUGCCAUCAAACAAGUGUUGAAAGAAGGUGCUGUCAAAAAGGAAGUGGAAGCAUUGAGAAGUAUUUGGGACAGUCUUAUCCAAGUGAUUUCAACAAAGCAAGGAGUCCUUGUUCACAAAGACGUUUCAGAAUUGCGUUUGGCUGGUGAUGUUUUGACAAGGGUUACUGCAGCUGAUAAUGACGAGGACUACCAGAGCAAAAUCUCCCAAUUGCUUACGACACAAAGCUGCGAGGAUUGCAACGAAUUUCUCGUUUACACGAUAAUUGUUGUCAUCAAGCAACUCAUGAGUCGUACCUCGGAUGUCUUUGACGUGGGGUUGAUGGAAAAAAUCUUACAGUUCCUUCCAAAGUCCAACAUCGAAAUGAAACAGGCCAUCAUCAGCACUUUAUUGACAGGAAUUUAUAACAAGUCACUCUCCUUUAGUGCCAUUCUCAACGAUAUUAUUUUGCCACGCAUCUAUGAUGAGCUAAGCCCAAAGGAGGAAUUCAAGAAAGUUAUACCUAUGGGGCCUUACAAAUAUGUUGUGGAUGAAGGUUUGGAAGUGCGCAAGUUGAGUUACGAGCUUAUCAGUGCCAUUAUUGAUCUAGACACCAGCAAAAUUCGGAAAGAGGACCAUCAUGUGGAUCAAGUUGGAUUGUUUGAGGUGUUACUGGCUAAGGGUUUGAACGAUAGUGAAAAUGACAUUAUCGGUUUGACUGUGGCGAACUUGCUUCAAAUAAUACAGAAUAACGAAAACGUCAUCACCAAAAUUUUCCAACCAACAAGAGUUUAUCGCAUCCUUGACAAAGCUCAUGAAUAG